AUGGAAGCUUACUUGGAAGUAUAUUCUUUAGCAGAAUUGUGUCUUGCACCGAUUGAAACAAUAGUAACAUUAUUUACUGUAAAAUAUUGCAAUUCUAAAAUUAAUAUUAAAUUGAUACCAAGUAAACAGAAGCCUCUAGAACGAGCGUACACGAUAGAUAUUUCCACAUUUGUCUAUGAGGUUAUGGAUGCAAAUAAAAUCCUCUUUUCCGUGAGGUCGUGCGAGUUGCCAAUCAUUGUUGUAAAUAAAACUAGUUGUAUCGCUGGACUUUGUGCGAUACUGCGUCAAAUAAUUAAAGAUGUCGUAGCAGACAAUCCGAAUCAUUAUUGCCGAAAAUUGUUAGGAUUUAAAGACUCGUGUUUAACGGCGUGCUCGGAAGCAAGCGUUUGGACAAAAUUUUGCGAGGUGGAUCUGAUUCAAACUCUAAAAUUUUUGCAUGCCGAUGGCUCGAUAAAAAAUGAACUGCCUUCCAGUAUGGCGAGAUUGGAAUGUCAUAUGUCGCAACCCGUCAGAUUGCACAAUCUAUACAAGUACGCGAUGUCUAAAAAGUUUGCCGACGAAAAUGCAAUUUCGCGAGACGAAAUGCGUUUGCCAGAACAUACAUACACCGAGGGCUCGCACGUGACACUGGCGGAUAUAAUUAUAUUUGUCUGUAUACAUAUUUUGUUGACUAUAUUUUCAAGCGAUGCUACGAUGAAGCUACUUCCAUUGACCGCUAAAUGGUAUAAAAAAAUGAUCGAAGAUCAAAUUAUAGUUGACUGUCUCGAAUGUUUACCGGUGUUAAGAAAUCAAGACGCGAAUGAUUUCAACUAUACUCUUCCUCAAGUAUUAAACCAAAGUUUGUACAAGAGCGAUCCGAAUAGAUAUAGACCGAAAAGUCGUGUUUAUACAAAACAAGAAGACGUAGAACAUUCAAUGGAAUUAUUUAAUACGUUAAAUGUGCAAACGACACUCGAUUUAGAACCAUUCGGUGCUGAAUUGAAUCUAGACUGGUCCACGGUGCCGUACGAUGCCACGCCAGAAGGUGGUUCACUGCCAGCAACACGAUUAAAAAAGAAGCACGAACAGUUACAAAACAUGUGCAAGCCUGUCAUGAAAUUGGCGAAAGCUGGAGACGUGAUCGUAGACUUCUGUUCCGGUAGUGGUCACUUGGGUAUCUUGGUUGCUUAUCUUUUACCAUACUGUAUCGUCAUACUGUUGGAGAAUAAAGAAGAAUCACUGAAUAGAGCCAAAGAAAGAGUGAAGAAGUUGAAGUUGACUAACGUAAAAUUCUAUCAAUGUAAUUUAGACUAUUUUAAAGGAGAUUUUGACAUUGGCAUGUCACUGCAUGCAUGCGGUGUCGCGACCGAUUUAGUUUUACAACAAUGCGUUAAGAGGAGAGCAAUUUUCAUCUGCUGUCCGUGUUGUUACGGAUCAUUGCACGAUUGUCAUCACCUGACAUAUCCAAGGAGCAAUGUCCUUAAAAAGCAAAUGGAUCAGGAGAAAUACAUGAUCCUGAGUCAUGCUGCCGAUCAAACGCACGACGAAAAAAAUGUUAAGACAAAGCAAGGGUACGAGUGUAUGGCGAUUAUCGACACUGACAGAAGGCUGCAAGCUGAACAGUUCGGCUAUAAAGUGUAUAUUUCUAAAUUUAUACCGAAAACUUGUACACCCAAACAUCACAUACUGGUAGGGAUUCCUAGAAAAAAAGUUACGAAUACAGAGCAUUCGAGUUAAUUGCGUUGCAUUUCUGCGAUUUCUAUAUUUUUAAUUUAUAUUGAUUUUGUGUAAGAAGAAAUUGGAAGUUAUUCUUGUUAUCGAAGAAACGGAUUUGCAAAUAAAAAGGCAUUUACUUACCUAAA